AUGCGCCAGAUAGAUCGCUAUCGUUUGAUAUGGGUAGCACUGCUAGUGAUGAUAAUUUCGACUCUAGCGGAGCUUGCGAACGCGUCCGAAUGCAGCGCAUGUGGGUAUUUAGCCAAGAAUUGCAGCGCCACAAGUGGAAGCGGCGACGUGGACGUGUGUGACGCGUCUAGGCGCAUCCAAAUCGACGAUGUCUUCUGCAAUGGCGACGAGUGUCGAUGCGCCAACAGCCACAAGUGCGUGAGCACUGUCGUGGGCUGCUCGAACCUCUUUCAGGCGCGGAACCGGCGUCGCUGUCUUGGCAACACGACGUUGUCUCGACGCUUCGAGCAGUGCGCAAUCAACCAAGGACUUACGACACUUAACGCGUCUAACGUGGCCAGUGACUGGAUCUACUUUAAACAGGGCACUAAAUGCCAAUCCGCAGAUUGUCUUGCCGUCCGAAUGUUCCACCAAAGUGGCCUCGUACAAUGCGGAAACUUGUUGGCAGUAUGGAAGACCAAUUCAUCCAGUUAUGACGCGUCGGCAAGUGUGACGUUCAGCAGCUCAGAGGGCGACGUGACGUAUUAUUUCGUCGCGGAUGGCUCGCGUGGGAGCGACAUGAAAGCUGGCACGUUCCUCUACUCGGUCCCAUGGUCUACUGAAGGUGUAUCAUUACUGACAAAGCAGGCUAAUAGCUCGGCAAUUAACACAUGCUACGUACUUCAGACGCGGAACCAGCCAAACGGCACGUGUCAAGGUGUGUACCUGCAGUUUGACGCUAGUGUGCAAUUCGCAAACAGCGACGAGUACGUCAUGUCCGAGCUAAGCUGGCCUGUGUGGCUGGCUGUUGUAGGCAGUGUGGCUGCAGCGAUCGCUGCCAUUGUCAUCAUGGGCGUUGUGGUCUACCGCUUUCAGCACAUGGACUUGUCCCCACCCAUGGACGAAGGUGAAGACGGUGGACUGUUGCUGGACGAUCUCCACGACCGCAAGAGAUCGAUCAGCCCUGCUAGUCUCGGAUCUACCUCACCAGCUUCGGGAAGGGGCAAUGUGAGCACUGACCUGCGUCAACGCGGAUCACCAGCACUUGACAUGACACUGAUUGAGGCUGGAACUGGCAGAACUACAUUGUAA